GAUCUGAGCUCCACAUUUUCCCCAAAGCAGAUAGAGCUGCCCGUGAGGCUGAACGCAUUUGACUCAUCCGGACGAGACAAGGUUCUUUAACAAUGAUGGAGCAAGCUUCUUACUAUUACAUCAAUUUCACCAAUCUAAUCAACAAUGACUCCUUGUAUGAAGAAGACGACGACUACUACAGGGAUGAUCACGAUCACAACAACAAAGAUGAGCACUCUGAGCUGAGGCAGUCCCUCACCAUAAUGUCCCUCAUCGUCUACUCGCUGGCUUUUGUCUUGGGCGUGCUCGGGAAUGGAGUGGUUAUCUGGGUGACUGGCUUCAAGAUGAAAAAAACGGUCAACACGAUUUGGUUCCUCAACUUGGCCAUUGCUGACUUCCUCUUCACAGCCUUCUUACCACUCAGUGUGACAUAUACAGCUAUGGGCUUCCACUGGCCAUUUGGCAAGUUUAUGUGCAAGCUGAACACUACCAUCAGCUUCCUGAACAUGUUUGCCAGUGUCUACAUUCUGGUGGUGAUCAGUGUGGACAGAUGCGUGUCCGUUGUCUGGCCUGUCUGGGCGCAGAAUCACAGGAAUUUGCGUAAGGCUUCAUGCAUCAGUCUGUGCGUUUGGGCAUUGGCUUUGAUCCUCAGCGCUCCGUACUUUGUCUUCAGGGAUACCGGGCCAUCAUACGAGAAUGAGAACAUCAUCAACUGCUUCAACAAUUUUGCUAUGUCUGAGGACAAUGAAAAUCAAUCUGUCCUUGAGCUGCAACUUUUCCGCCACAAGGCCAUGGUCAUCACCCGCUUCCUCCUGGGCUUCGUCAUUCCCUUCAGCAUCAUCGUCUCCUGCUAUGCCGUCAUAAUCCACCGCCUUAGACGAAACCGCACACUGGCCAACCAGUCCAGCCGCUCUUUCAAGAUAAUUGCCGCCAUUAUUGUCACGUUUUUCCUUUGCUGGGCUCCCUUUCACGUCAUGGGUUUGUUGGAGAUGGUAAGCAACAUGGGAAAUCACUCAAAUGAGAUGUUGCUCCACAUCAUCGUAAUCGGAGUCCCGAUCGCCACAAGCCUGGCCUUUCUCAACAGCUGCCUGAACCCGCUGCUGUAUGUGUUCAUGGGCCAGGACUUUAAGGAUAAAGUUCGCAAAUCCAUCCUGAAGGUCCUGGAGAAUGCCUUCCAGGAGGAGGUGUCCCGCUCUUACACCUACACAAACUCAAUGGUCACCAUUCGAAGCAAAGACAAAUCACUCUCUGAUGCCGAGGUGUGAGACUGUCAUGGACACUAUAGCUGUACAAUGUAAAUGCUACUGUAAAUAUAAAAUCAUUUUUAUCUACUAACCAUGUAUUCUACUUUGCUUUGAAUGCUUAGCUUUGCCUCAAAAUAUAAUCUACAAUCACUGUUUAGUUUUGGUUUUGAGCUACAAAGCAUGAAUUCCAAAUAUAUUGGCCAAAUAAUGCAACCUUUUGCCAAGUCAAAGAGAAACUGGGUUGCAGCAAGUUCUUAUACCAGCUUCCUCUACUUUUUUAACUUGGAAACCAGAAACUUUGAACUUGACACAUGAUACUGUCCACAGUGGUCACCUGUGGGUUUACAUCACCUGUGAACUAGAACAGAGUGUGCAGUUUCACUGCGUCUUUAUCACAACUUAGGUCAGCAACAAAAAGUUUCAUCUGACAGCUGCUGUCAUUCAUAUUGGUCACCUGUCAUAAUACCUUCUUAGGCACUGAUUGCUGUCUGCUGCAUGCUUCAAUAAAUACUUCAUUGCCUUUUCUAUGAAGCUUGAAAGAAAUAUGACGUUGAUAAAUGAUGCUCAAAAUUCCAGCUGCUAUAAUUAUCUUUGCCCCAAUUUCUAUGCAUUUUAUCCUGAAGACUAUAAACUACUAACUGAAGGUGGAGGAGCUGGAAAAGGCAUAAAGAUCCUUUGGAUUUUAUUCAACUUAGAAAAUGUGCCCUUUUUUCCCUAUAUUGAUGAUUAUGUGAAUAUGAUUAUGUUACGGUAUGUAAUAUGUUAAACAUCAAGUUUGAUUUGUAUUUCAACAUUGUCACUUUUAGACCUUUUUCAGCACUUGUUUUAGUUGUACCAGUAGACUGAUAUGAGUGAUGGCGAUUCAUCAAGUGGAAAAACAGUUAUUUUUGAGUUGUAACUAAAAACACAAUUUAUCAUGAGGCAGCUUCAAACUUCAAUGCUUUUAAACGCCACUAGAGGGUGCUGAUUUAUUGUAUUUUUUUAUAUCAGCAAGUCAUCGAAGGAGUCUAUUCUCACUCAAACAUUAAAAGCAGCAAUCGUUGACAUUUUGUCCAUCAUAAAUAAAAGAAAAAAACCCAAUUUCAAUGUUAUAACUGGUAUAGAUGUAGGCUAACAAGACAUUGCUAGUUAAUUUUUGAAUGUGUGACAUUACAAACUGCAAGUCUAAAAAAUUGUUUCCUAGUUCAGUUUCUUCUAUAUUAUUCUUUCUUCUUAGAAUGUGUUGUUUAUUUUUACAAUAAACAAAUAUUAUUGUAUGAAUUUUCAAUGUUUAAAUGGCUUAUAUUUUAUCUUCUUUUCUGAAAGUCAGCUAAAAACUAUUAUAGCUUCUCCUGGUGAGGUAAACAAGACAACGUCAGUGUUGGGACAUUUUUUAUAGAAGUGGAAUCUAAGAUAACUGAGCAAUAAGUCAGUCAAUCAAAUACUAAUAAAAUCAGCAUUUAGGGAAUUUUAAUGCGAUUUUAUAGCCAGUCCUUCCAUUGUCUAGAUCCUCUUGUCUGUGCAGAGUACCAGGGGACUCGGUGCCUAUCUCCAGCAGGCAUUAGGCAAGAGGUGCGAUACACCCUGGACAUUUUGACAGUUCAUCACAGAGCAACCAUGCACAAGUUAACAACAACCUAAUAGUCAUGGUUUUAACUGUGGGGGGAAGCUGGAGUAGGAGAGAACACAUUUACAGGGAAAACAGUAAAACAUGUCCAAGGAUAUUUCUGUUUGAAAGCAUCAUUGCUACCCUUAAACAAAAAACAGAAGCAACCAGCUGCUCUCUGUUGUAUCAUAUUUAGUAAAUAUAGACUGCCUGUGCAUAAUCUAAUCAAAGUGCAACUGUUCUAUGAAGGCCUCAGAGGUUUGUUGGAGAAUAAACAGUGUCAUGAAGACAUAUGUUGUGGAGAAAAAAGCAGGGUUAAGUCAUAAAAUUACAUCCCAAGUUACAUAUAUUUUACAGAACACUGUUCAAUUUAUCAUCCAAACAUAGAAAAAGAAAGACACAACUGGUAACCUACUAAGAGAUGGUUAUCCACCCAAGGCAGCUAACAGAUGGGUAAACAAGUAACUCACAUUAACUCUUAGCUUAAUGAGAUGGAAAGAUGCAAUGUUUUGACAGGACAGUGAUAAGUCAUGUACUCACUAUGAUGUUCAUGGAAGAGUGGCAAAAAGAAAAUCAUUAUUGAAAGAAAGAAAUCAGAAGACCUGUUUGUCACAAGCCAGGUAGGGGACACAGUACACAUUUGGAAGAAGGGGCUUAUGUUAGCUGGGACUGAAACGAAUCUACUUUGGUGCAAAUGAGUAGGGAAAAAACUAAUUCUGCAAAUUACUUUAAACUCAUAAAACCCACCACAAAAGUAGUGGUAGCAUAAUUUUUUCUUAACAGAGACUGGCAAGGAAGCUGGUCUGAGUUGAUUAGAAGAUGGGAGGAGUUAAUUGCAGGACAAAACAAGAAAAAAAAUCACCUUCUGGAGGUUGCAAAACAGGAUGACCAAUGACCAUGAAAAUGAAACUUAACAAACAACUGGAGCUACAAGAUCAGUGGGUGCAGACCACAAACCGCGAACAGUCAUUGGAAUAAUUUUGUGUGGCCCCUCACCACAGUUCAACAAUUAUCCAAAUUUGUCUUGUGAGCCCAGGUGUUUAAUGUAAAUAGAUACUUUGUUAAUUUUAUGUUUUUUAAAUUUCAAGAUUUUUGCGGAAAAAUAAAAAUUUUCUUGAGAAGGAAGAACAUUUUAGGUACAAUACAAUGUAUUUUUUUUGUUAUUAAACAGUCAUUUUGCUUUCACUUUAAAUCAAUAGUAAAUAGAACCACAAACAUUCACAGACUUUUACACAAAAGCAGACAUUAAACCUGGCUAAAUAAACCAAGCACUUUAGAAUAUAGAGUGGUACUAUAUCCAGUUGUACAACAUAUCCAAUUGUUGUUCAACCACAAGAAUGUUUUCUGGAGAAAAGCAGCAAUCAAGUCAAACAAUUUAAGAAACUGUAUGCCUUUAUUUUAAGAGGCAUUAGAGCAACCCCUCUAGUUGCCACCCCUUUGUUUGGAGCAACACUGUUUGGAAAUCCCCCUUUUUUCUAAAAAGUUCACAAAAAAUUUGAUACCUCUAAUCUAAAUUUUCAUGCUUCAGUCAAAGUCCAGGUUUAAAUACAAUUUAGAACCUGCAAUUCUGAUGGUCACAGAUCAUUUCUAUCCAAUAUGAUGGGCCUCAAACUAUUCGGCAGAGAAGGGCUGUUAUGAAAACACUUAAUUUUAAGACAUAUAUUUUCAUGGUGUAAUUAGUAGAAGCCAAAUUUACUUUUUUUCCCCAAAAAAGACGUAAGAAAUGGUAGAAAGAAAUCCUUUAUUUGAAGAAAAUGUUAGAAUAGGCAGUGGAGACUGUAUCAGAGCAAAAAAUGAAAUAAAAACACAGAACUGUGUGAACUUUCAUUGAACGCAUAAUUUUAUGAAGUGACUGAUAAAGUCCACAAUAUCUUUCAGUACCCCCAUUUGACAUGGAAAUGCAGAAAAGGUUGUAUAUGAGAGGAGGACUUUGCUAUUUUUGAAAACUGUUUGGGAAACCAAAUACUUGCAGCACCAAUCCAGGAACUACUUUGUCACAAUCACAUACUGGAGAUAAUGCAAUAGCUUGACAGGUGGGGAUGAUGAAACAGUCAGGGUAAGAAAAGGAAACAGAAGCGCUAAUUAUCAUGUUUUUUUUUGUUGUUGUUGUUGUUGUUUGUUUGUUUUUUUACAUCAGAGUAUUGAUGUAUCUUUUAAAAUUUCAAUGUGCCUUUGAAAGUUGGAUAUAAAUGUGUAAAUAAACUGUUUGUAUGAAAACAAAAAUAUGAACAUACACAAAACAGUUGUGAAAGGCGUUGUGAUUGAGAUGGUGUCAUUAUUAUAUUUCCUAACUUCCUCAAAAUUAACCCAAAAAAAUUGCUGUCAAAUGUUUGUGCUGGUUUCUGCUGCUUGCACCUCUAUCACUUCAAAGAUAAUAAUAAAAGCUUAAAGGUCAACCAGCACUCCUACCACAUUAAUGAAAUCAAACAGCAUCACUGCCAAUAAAGUGUGCUACAUAUGGG